ACGUGCACCUGCCGUUCCUCGUUUUUAACAAACGCUAUUGACUGGACCACCUUAAAAAAUAAGACCCAAUCCGCGGCAGAGAUGUAUCUGUGUAUCAGACGUUACACAAACUUUUCUCUUCCGCACCGUGAAAAAAAGCCGAGGGUGCCAGCAUGAAUAUUUUAACGUGACGCCCGCCAGUCAGUGCAUUAAACACCCUUGAUUUAUUUCUGGGCCGUUCGCAGCGCUAGCAGGGUUAAUUACGCGUCGUUCCUUUCACGGAUAAUUACAACAGGCGAUCGAUAGACGCUGCUAAAGCUGUGACUGGGCGCAGCCGGAGACCUUGUUGCUGCAGGGGUUCAGGCUGAACGUGGUUCCCGUGGCGUGGAGGGGGAUAGAGGGCAGAAAAGCUGGGCUUUGGUGACCCAGAUGCUUAACCCGCCCAGUGGCCCGCCACGCCUGUGCGUUCGAGGUGGUUUGGCACCGCCGUUGGACUGGAGGCUUGCACAGGUGCCUCGCUUUUGGAUUAGCGCCGCGUCUUUUUGUGCUGUUUCUCUGGUCUUUGCAAUCGCCCGCCGACUUCUGUGGCUUGGAUGUGGAGAGAGGAUGUUCAUGUGUGCGCUUGAGACGCACAGAAGCCGCGCUCCGAAGCCGGGAGACCCCAGCAUGUUGUCGGCCUCCAGAGGACUGAACGCCGGCGUCGGAGCCGCACUUUGUUGCCUGCUUCUCUGGAUUAUCAUCUCGCACUUAGUCAAAGAAGGUCAGCUGUCUGUGGGUGCAUGUGAAAUAGUUACCUUGGACAGAGAUAGUAGUCAACCACGAAGAACGAUAGCCAGACAAACAGCACGAUGUGCGUGUAGGAGAGGACAGAUUGCUGGUACAACAAGAGGCAAGCCAGCAUGUGUGGAUGUUCGAGUUGUAAAGAGCAAGCAGUGGUGUGAUAUGAUCCCAUGCACGGAAGGAGAAGUCUGUGGUUUAUUAAUGAACAAGUCAGGGUGGACCUGUGCACAACCAGGAGGUCGAAUAAAAACAGUAACGGUAGGCAUAUCACCAACGAUACUGUAUCGUUUAUUUACAGAAUUCAAUAAAUUAUUUUGAGGAACUUAGCUUUAAUGUAACUUCAAAAUCUGUAAGAUUUAUCCCGAACAACAAACACAACUAAAUCAGCAUAUUUUGCAGCCAUAGUUAUAUUGCGUGGAAACAGGCCCUUAGACCCAACUUGCCCACACCGACCAACAUGUCCCAUCUACUCUGGUCCCACCUGCCUGCGUUUGCCCCAUAUCCCCAGGGCCGUCUUAACGCAUGGGCACGCUGGGCUGUUGCCCGGGGCCCCACAAGCAUAGGGGCCACUUGCUAAUCUAUGUAUUGUAGAAUGUUAUUGUAGAACAUGAAAACGGAGAAGAACAUCGCAAGUACAUGACGGCACCUUUGUGUUGUAAUAGUCCCUCCUCUGGCAGCUCGUUCUAUACACCCAUUGCCCUUUGUGUGAAAAUGUUACUCCUCAGAUUCCAAUUAAAUCUUUCCCCCUUUACCUUAAACCUAUGCCCUCGAAUCCUUGAUUCCCCUGCUCUGGAUAAGAGACUCUGAGUCUUUACCCAAUGCAAUAGCUUAUUUAUCAAGUCGAUAUCUAAAGCAAAUAUACCCACAUUCAUUGUAUAAUGCAUGCUGUGAUGUAUUGAACAAAGCCAACUGACUUGCAAGUAAACUCAUUACAUAUUUUUGCCUGCAAGUGGAUAAAUAGAUAUGGUUUUACAUAAUUGUAUUAUGUUAACUGUUUAUGGAAAAGGAAGAUGUGAAUUAAAUAUUGGCAUGGUGGCAUGGUGGCGCUGCGGUAGAGUUGCUGCCUUCCUGCUCCAGAGACCCGUUUUUGACCCUGACUACAGGUGUUGCCUGUAUGGAGUUUGUACGUUCUCCCUGUAGAGACUGUGUAGCUUAUCUCAGGGUGCCCCCGUUUCUUCCCUCGCUCCAAUGACGUACAGGUUUGUAGGUUAAUUGGCUUUGGUAAAAUUACAAAUUGUUCCUUGUGUGUAAGAUAAUGCCAGUGUACGGGAUGAUCGCUAGUCAGCACGUAAGCAGUGGGUUGAAGGGCCUGUUUCCACGCUGUAUCUAUGAAGUCUAAAUUGCAUUCUUCUAGUAAUGUAUUCUGCAUGAUGAAGAUGGGAAGGAAAAGAUGGUGCAAAAAAUGGGAAUAAUACCCCAUGAGGAAUCGAUAAUUAUCAAUGAUACGUAGGAAGCAGCAACUUGGAAAUUCAUGCGGAAUUUUACUGCACUGUUGCAUGUGGACUUGUGUCCCCAAUAGUAAUUUCUGUUCCUCCACCGCAUCUUGUUGCACAAAGCUGACCGUAACACAUUGGGGAAGCCGCAAUUAGAGUACUCGGAUUGGGUCACCCUGCUAUAGGGAGGAUGUUGUUAAGCUGGAAAGAGUGCAGAGAAUAUUUCUGAAGAUGUAGCUAGCACUUGAGGGGUGGAAUUAGUUAUUUUAGUUUACUUUAAUUUAGUUCACUUUCGUUUAGUUUAUUGUUA